AUGAAUGGGGACCUCAGUCUAUCGAGGGCCCUUGGGGGAUUACGAAUAGCCAAUCCAGACGACGCCGAUGCCUCUACAAGCAAUGCCCAAGAUGUCGACGCCCUCUCGCCGCCGAUCGAUCGUCAUCCCGAUUGCCAAAUCGACGCCCCCUUAGCACACCUCGAAGACCCGACUACACAACGAGCUACGACGUCCUACGCAUCAACUACAACAUCAGACAGUCUUCUUUCCCCCAUACACCACACACAAUCGUUCGAGAGGCCAUCUUCUGCCUACGAUGGCUCGUCUAGCCACGUUGAACCCCACCGAACCAGUCCCAGUGCCGCAAUGCGAGCGGAUGUCUACCGCCAGCCCGUAUCGCCAUACUCGGACCCUGACAGAGUCAUCAGUAGUCGCUCCUCGAUGUCUCCAGCACCACGCCCUAUCUCUGGACUCUACACUCAGCCCCCACUUGUGCCUGAUGAUGGUCGGGCAGCCCAUCAAGUGCAUCCGCAGGACCGAUCACGGAACUCGGUAUAUGGGAUACUCGCGAGGCAAGACUCGAGUAAUGCUCCAGGCUACCCAGAUAACUCAACACCAACGAGGGAGCCAAGCCACAGGGAACGCUCUGCCAAUUCUGCUCGUCAAUCCCAGUUGCCGUCUGCAUCUGGCCCCCUCCCCCUACGGAGGAGUUCCAAAGGCAUGGGUGGAGGUUACGUAUCGGCAACUGCAGUACCCUUAGGUCCGCGGGACCUGUACGCUCCUGAGAUACCGCUACCGGGCAGCAGUGAAGAGUGGAAGGAUCGCGGUGCUGCUGUCGGCGUGAGGAGAGAAACAGAUGCGAACGGCAAGACGGUCAUUCGGCAUGUCAAGAAGGGAGUUAGAGACUUCAGCUUCGGCCGCGUUCUCGGAGAAGGCUCAUACAGUACAGUCUAUCUAGCUACUGACCGACAGACCCUCAAGGAAUACGCCAUCAAGGUCCUGGAGAAGAAGCACAUAAUCAAGGAGAAGAAGAUCAAGUACGUCAACAUUGAGAAGAAUACCCUCAACCGUCUGACUGAACACCCGGGCAUCGUACGUCUGUACUACACGUUUCAGGACGAGGCCUCACUGUAUUAUGUCCUCGAUCUUUGCAACGGCGGCGAACUUUUGGGAGUGCUCAAGAAAACAGGCUCUUUUGACUUGGAGUGUACCAGGUUUUACGGUGCACAGAUCUUAGACGCCAUUGAUUACAUGCACUCCAGGGGGGUAAUUCACCGGGAUCUCAAGCCAGAAAAUGUCCUCCUGGAUGACCAUAUGCACGUCAAGAUUACCGACUUUGGCACGGCCAAGCUGCUCAAGGAUCCGAGAGAGGUCCAAAACGUUGGUGACGGCGCGAAGGGACUGUCGGAAAGUAGCCGUGGUGACGGCGAAGACGACGGCCGGGCAGCUUCAUUCGUCGGCACUGCUGAGUAUGUCAGCCCUGAACUUUUGACCAGCAAAAACGCCUGCAAGGCGAGCGACCUUUGGGCGUUCGGCUGCAUUGUAUACCAGCUGUUAGCUGGGCGUCCGCCCUUCAAGGCCGCCACGGAAUACCUCACAUUUCAGAAGAUCGUCAAUCUGGAAUACGAUUUUCCUGCCGGCUUUCCCCCAGCGGCCCGGGACCUGGUCGAGCGAUGCCUGGUGUUGGACCCUGCGCGUCGUCUCACGGUCGAGCACGUCAAGAAUCACGAGUUCUUUGAUGGGCAACAGUUUGGCAAAGGCUUGUGGAGGACUAAGGCCCCCCGCUUGCGGCCCUAUAACCCCAUUCCUCAGGAACCGACUGUGAUCCAACUUAAUGGCGUGGCCAGCAGCCCCAAUCCUGUUGCUGCACCUAGAAGUUCGCAGGUACAGAGCUCGGCUAUGAAUGGCAGUUCUCGGCCCGCCAGGAUCAUCACAGAGCUACCACCUCCGACUCAAUUAGAUAUCGAAUGGUCACCAGUUCUGACAAAGAACAACGAGAGGAUUCUUAAAUUGGGUGACCUAAUGGUCGUCUCAAGCCCUCUACCCAGCGGCGGCCACGGCAGGAGCGGCGAGCACGGCGAGGGGCAUAAAAAGCUGUCGAGAUUCUUUGGCGGCAGCACAACGAAGAAGAGACAAAGGCUAGUCAUGGUGACGUCGAGCGGUCGCAUUCUUCUAGCGCCCGCCGGUGGAGAGGAAAAGCGCGCCAAGCAGGAAAUAUCACUACUUGCUCCCGACUGCUCAUGGAGAGCUCAGCUCGACAUGAAGGGGCAGAUGGUCUGGUGUGUCGAUGUGGGUGGCGUCCACUACACAUUUGAGGAGCCCAAGGGCAAUUCCACCUCUUCAGAGAACGGCCCAACGGCCAACGACUGGAUAGAGUCUCUAGAGAGAGCUAAGGAGUUGGCAUUAUCCCAAAACCUCACCGGCUCUUACGCAGGCGACAGCGGCUUCGAUAUGUCUUCUGCAGUCUCUAGCCCAUCGAGCACCCUUGGCGGACGAGGAGCAUACCCCGACGGCUUCAGCGUCAGCGACCGGUCUGGUCGAAAUCACCUCAGCAAAAGCCAGGCCAGCCUGGAGGAUCCGGCCUCCAACACCAAGCGCAAUCGUUUCAGCAAACGGCAGUCCAAGAACGGACUUGGCCAACAAUUCUGA